UGUGGCAUUUUCAGGUAAGGGGGCGUAGCCAGAGGGAGUAAUGGUCUGGUGACAAGAUGACAUGCCCUUUGACCCUCCGCUACAACAAACGCUGUCGGGGCAAGAACAACUUGUUUUUUCCUAGAGGUUGGAGCGUCUCAGAAACAGAUACUUAAAAACAGCCAGCCCCUGCACAUUCUAUUCGCUGCCAAAGUCUGUAGUCAAAAUGAGCAGCUUGGUCCUAUGAAAAAUAAAAGGUUUUAAACAGAUUUGGGUCAGAGAAAAUAAAAGUCCUGGCAGAGAAAAUAAAAGUCCUGGGAGAGAAGAUAAAAGUCCUGGCAUGGAGAUCUUUGUACAUUUCUUUCUCUCAUUUUCAUUGUGUUUUCACUUACUAAGAACUUUUCUGGAAACUAUGGAUUCUGCAGUUGAGAAACACUGUGUGGAACUUAUUGCCCUCGAGCGAAGUGGUCACACAGCUGUAGUAGAGGGAAAUGCUCUGCAUGUCUGGGGAGGCUACAUGUCAACCGCUGGCAGUGAAGUUUUCCUACCCAGUGAUGAAAUCUGGUUGUAUGACUUACAAAGAGGUGUAUGGGAAAUGUGUCAAAUGUCAGGAGAGAUCCCGCCCCCCAUGUCAGGCACCUGCAGCUGCUUUCUAAAUGGCCACAUGUACAUAUUCGGGGGAUAUGAUGACAUGGGACAGACCAAUCAGCUUUACCGGGUCAACCUCCUGGAUGGGGACUACAGUUGGAAGAAAGUGAAAGCUGAGAGUGGCUCUCCUCCUUCACCCAGAGAUAAGCUGUGCUGCUGGGUUUUCAACAACAGGGUCACCUACUUUGGUGGAUAUGGUCACAAGACACUUGAUGACAUCAUGGAUGACAAAAGCUUCAUCGUGGACACGGCAUCAUUGGAGCAGAACGUUGGUUGGGGAUGGAACAAUGAAGUCCACAUUUUUGAUACAACACUAGCCAGCUGGAGGGAACCACAGAGCUCUGGUCGUGCUCCUGCCCCCAGAGCUGCCCAUGCAGGUGCAACACUUGGUCAUAAAGGGUAUGUCUAUGGGGGCAGAGUACUGGAAACCACACCAAGUGACAUUCAUUGUCUAGAUCUAGAAUCAUGGACAUGGUCUGAAAUAGUGCCAACAUCCACUGUACCAGGGGGAAGGUCAUGGCACAGCCUCACUGCAGUAUCUGAUAACACUUUGUUUCUAUUUGGUGGACUGAAUGUGGACUGCAAACCAAUGAGUGAUAGAUGGGUUUUAGAUGUUGACACAAAGACAUGGAGGGAGUUUGACCAUCCAAACAACAACAAACCAAGGUUGUGGCACACAGCAAGCCAAGCAAAGGACUCUGACGUCAUUGUGUUUGGGGGUAGUUGUGACUACGUCCUCCUAGUAGGAACGUAUGAGAAUUUGACGGGCCACAGCAAUGAUGCACUUGUUUUCCAGACCCAGCCUUAUCCCCUCUUUCGGAUAUGUGUCGACUGCAUAGCAAAGAAUGUGAAUAACUGCAAGAUGCUUCAAAACCAGCUUCCAUCUCUGCCCCAGAAACUACUGGAAGCUGUACAGAGGAGAACGUCCAGAAAUAUAUAAUACAUAUAGUGCAUUCAGAAAGUAUUCAGACACCUUGACUUUUCCCCGAUUUUGUUACGUUACAGCCUUAUUCUAAAAUGGAUUAAAUAGUUUUUUCCCUUCAUCAAUCUACUCACAAUACCCCAUAAUGAC